UUUUCUUCUGCCUUCUCUUGCCGUUCCUUUCUUUGCUUUGCAAUCUAUCUUUGAUGAGCCAAAUCCUUUCAGAUCCUAAAUGAUCGGUUCUUCUCUUUGACUUCUUCUCUCCAAGCGUUACAUUUUGAGGAUAUGGGUUGUUUCUGUUUUUUGGAAUUGAAUUCGGCAGUGCGUUCAUCUCCCCCAGGCAAAUUCUCAGUUUUGGGUGUUCCUCAGAGAGCUAAAUCACAGUGAUUUAGGUUUUAUAUAGGAAAAUGUUAGGAGGCAAUAACAGUAAUCCUGUGCUUCCUAUUUCCGUUGAUGAGAAUCACCUUCAAUAUCAGAAUCAGACUAAUGCAUCAAACCAACUGCAGUUAUUUGGAAACUUGCCAGUUGGGUGCCAAGUUGAUCCUGUCAACUAUUUUGGAAAUGAACAUCUCACUCCCAUGAUUCAACCCAAUAAAAGAGGCAGAGAAACUGAAGAUAUUCAAAGGCAGCAAAAGCUACAAAUUUCCUUGAAUUAUAAUGCUUGUAAAGAGGAAGCUGACUGUCCCGCUAGCGUUCCAAAUCCUAAUGCUGUGUCAACUGGCUUACGGCUAUCGUAUGAUGAUGAUGAGCGAAAUUCAACUGUGACUUCCGGUAGUGGAAGCAUGAUGCAAGGACCAUCGAUGAUCUUGUCGCUUGGUGACCAUGUUAGAAGAGAACUGGAUCGUCAGAAAGAGGAGUUUGAUCGGUACAUAAAAAUUCAGGAAGAGCACCUGACAAAGGGAAUAAGAGACAUGAAGCAGAAACACAUGGCUUCUUUUCUUGCUGCUAUCGAGAUAGGAAUCAGCAAGAAGCUUAGGGAGAAAGACAGAGAACUAGAGACUGUGAAUAACAAGAAUAGGGAACUGGUCGAGAGAAUAAAGCAGGUGACCGCAGAAGCCCAAAAUUGGCAUUACAGAGCAAAAUACAACGAGUCGGUUGUUAACGUGCUGAAGAACAACCUUCAGCAAGUAAUCUCGCCGGGGGCUCAACUCGGGAUGGAAGGUUUCGGAGACAGCGAAGUUGAUGAUGCUGCCUCGUAUAUCGAUCCGAACAACUUCCUCAACUCCCCCCUCGGUGCCGCAAAAGGUGUUUCCGGGGGCACAAAGGAACACGUCAUUUGCAGAGCAUGCAAGGCGAAGGAGGUAUCAAUUUUGUUGAUGCCGUGUAGGCAUCUCUGCUUAUGUAAAGACUGUGAUUUAUCAAUCAAUGUCUGUCCUGUAUGCCAGGUAAUUAAAACUGCUGGUGUCCAAGUGUACUUAUCCUGAAACUUUGAAGUGUGUGGCAGAAGUCUUUGAAAAAUAUACCCCUUCCAUUGUGUGUGGCGUCCAGCAAUUUGCUCCCUUCUUUUCUCCUAAAUUGAGACACUGUAUGAAAAAGUAGAACAUUUUCUUGAAAUGGAGUUUGCAAAAAAGUAUACUUUGUU